GUCCACAAGACACUUAAGUUUCACAGUUUUCCAGAGAACGAAAAAAUUAAGUGAAAAUUGAUAUCUGCUGUCAGUUUAAGGACAAGUUGUAAGUGGCAUGUAAGCCAUUGUGUGUGUAGCUCUCAUUUUCACGGUCGACACAUGUAUGGAUCUACCAAUAUUCCAGCCAUUUUCGCGAGAAGAGACCUCAAAAUGUGGCCAGUCGACAUCUCUCACCUUCUGGUAAAAGAAGCG